AUGACAAUGAAAAAGUAUAAAGCGUCUUCCAGUCAAAUGGGUGUGCCUCAGAGAAAAAGAGGGUGUUCCGAGGAUCUCGAAAGUCAGUCAAGGAACGGGGUAUUGAUGCGUCCGAUCAGAGGGCCAGCAGAUACUACAGAAGAGGACGUCAAAGAUAUGACAGAACAACUUUUCGAAAGAACGACAACAGGGCUCGAUCGAGAGCAAAAGCUUAUUGGGAACGAAUAUGGGAUGUCGGUGUUCAAAGAGUGGCAUCAGAAAUUCGACUCUAUCGCCUUGCAACUCGAAUCACAACAACGAGACAUUGAUUCCAUGGCGCAAGAACUUCAGUCACAUCAACAGACAAUUGAAUCCCAUCAGCAAGAGCUUGAUUCCAUGGCGCACGAACUGAGAGACCACAGAGACAUGAUCUUGCCGGUCUUCUACGAUUACAAGUAUAAAUCAAGGAUUUGA